AUGCUCGAGUAUCCUGUCAGAGACCGACAUUUAUGUGCAAUAUUUGCACCCGUUGAUAUGCUCGAGAGAAUUCCGCCCGAGCCUCUCGGAGAUGCAGAGAUUUAUUUCCAUAGGCUUCGACUUAACUUUGCUGUCUGUAGAGUCCUCAUGACCUGCCACUGUAUCUAUCGGCAUCAGCCUAACCGGUUGGGUGUCUGGGGCUUUGUUUCUUGUGGAUUUCUCGUGCAGUAUGACUAUUACUGCUUGUCGAUGGUUGUAAACUCUCUUACUAUUUGCGGAGACGAAAUGCGCGGGUAUAUCCCAAACAUCGUGCCCAGAGCCAGCAUGGUUUAUGGUAAGCAUUGGGAGAUUCGUGUUGGUCGGAUUACUGUGGAUGGACAGCGCACAUCGGGCGAGCACACGUUUUAUUCGCGUGAUCCGAGCUUGCACCGUGAAACCGCCAUACUCGAUCAGGUUCGCGUUUUCCCGGCUGCAGAGUCGCUGGCAAGCAUAAACUCUCCGUCGCUGAUUGUCAAGGUCUCUUGGAUGCAAGCAGUUGAUGAGCCAGGAACUCCUUGGGUUUCCAAGGAGCUGUAUGACUUGUGCCGCAUUAGCCGGGUGUUGGCACCCUUGUUGAAAAACGCAGGGUUUAAUAUUGUUUUGCCUUGGGUGCUGGCUGGCGGCCCAGCAGCUGCCACUCUGAACGGUGUCACUCGCGAUAUCAGUGCUGACCAUCUAUACACAGCUGAGGAAUCUCCAUUUGUCAGCGCGUUUGGGUUGGUAAGGUUUCCGAUAACCAGAAGGCAGCUUGUUUUGACUGCUAUCACCCCGUAUGCCGAGCCCCUGAGUUUGAUCGGGUCAGCGACUGAGCUGUACUGCGUACUGACCCAUGCCCUAGUGACAAUACAUGAGAUCUCCAGGUUGUGUGACCGCGCAAUCUACAAAAUUACGACCGAGACUAUUUGGAUUGUCCGCGACCAAGAAUCGGGUACUGUGCAGAGCAUGCUUUUGGACUGCGAAAUUCCCAAUGUGGACCAGACCCUGCCGCAAUUAAAGCUAAUACGAGACGAGAUGCUUGCGUUUGCGACUGUCUCGACUAUCCUUCAGAAAACAACACCACGCUGCGUAAAAGAAACAUACGAGUCAUUGCUCUAUGUCGUAUGCUGGCUUGCAACUUUUGGUGUUAACCAGGAGGACCAGAUUGAAAUAUCCUGGAUCCGACACGAGAGCAACAUUAGCACAGGCCAUUUUCCUAUUUUAGUAUGGAUUUGUGGAGAUCGCCUGCCAAUGAGUUUAAGCAAGACUGCCCAGCUUAGUUCUUUUGAUGUAUUUACUGCUGAUAUACUUGAUCAUUUCGCAUAUGUAAAUUGGGAUGAUCACAAGCGCAGUGGAUAUAUUUUGCUACGUAAUCUGGCGAUUCACAUAUUCCAAACAUUCAUUCAAACGGAUUUCAUGAAUCCAUAUGGUAGUUUCCUUUUUUAA